AUGCGGUCUUCUUCGCAACAGUCGGGCCUAGUGCUGGCCCUCCUGGCCACGCCUUUUGCUCCCUUCGCUUCGGCUGAACGGGUCCUCGGAGCCUAUAUCUUUGCUCGUCACGGUGACCGCACUCCCAAAGUUCUGGGAAACACCAAACUCACCGACUUGGGAUACAGCCAGGUCUAUCAGACCGGCAGUUACUACCAUGACCGAUACAUCGAUUCCGACUCGUCAACUCACAUCGAGGGCAUCAGCGACAGCAUCGUCCAGCUCAGCCAGAUCGACACUUCUGCGCCCUCUGACAACGUGCUCCAGAGCUCUGCUCUUGGAUUCAUGCAGGGAGUCUACCCUCCCGCAGGCUCAUCUUCCAACCAAACCCUCAGCAACGGCACCACCAUUGAGACGCCCUUGAACGGCUACCAGCUCAUCCCCCUGUCCCUCGUCUCCCAGGGCACUGACAGCGAGGACAACACCUGGCUGCAGGACGCCACCGGCUGCGAGAAUGCCAAAGUCAGCAGCAACAACUACUACAGCUCGGAGCUGUACAACGGGAUCCUUGACUCCAGCGCCUCCUUCUACAAGUCCCUCUCCUCCAUGCUCUCCGGUGCCUUCUCGGACUCGGAAAUGAGCUUCAAGAACGCGUACACCAUCUUCGACUACCUCAACGUCGCCUCCAUCCACAACACCUCCAACACGCCCUCAGACAGCCAACUCCGCCGCCUCUUCCAACUCGCCAACGUCGAGCAAUACAACCUCGCCUACAACUCCACCGACACGGCGCGGGCCGUCGCAGGCUCUCAACUCGCCGGCGAGAUGCUCUCAGCCCUCAACGAGACCGUCGCCACGAAGGCCGAGAAGAAGAAACUCAACAUCCAAUUCGGCUCCUACGGCACCUUCCUCUCCUACUUCGGCCUGGCGCAGCUUCCCUCCGUGAACGUCAACUUCACGGGAGUUCCAGACUACGCGUCCUCGAUGGCCUGGGAACUCGUGACAAACGCCCCGGGCACCGACUUCCCCUCGACGUCGGAGAUCAGCGUGCGCUUCAUCUUCCACAACGGCACGGUCACGGACGGCAGCACGCCGUCUGAGUACGCUCUGUACGGACAAUCCAACGCCAUGAUCCCGUGGGACAAGUUCGUCGAGCAGACCAAGAAGAUCGCCAUCACGUCCGAUGCCGAGUGGUGUGAUGUCUGCGGCAAUGCGGAUAGCAAGUGCUCCUCGUCUGGCUCCGGAUCGGGCUCAGACUCUGGUUCGGGCUCGGCGAGUGCCUCGUCAAAGGAUGACGGCGGUGUUUCUCGGCCUGUUGCUGGUGUCAUUGGAGCUAUGGUGACCCUGGCUGUUAUUCUGGGCCUGGAGGCCUUGAUCCUGGCGGUGGGAGGAUUCCGCAUUGCGAAGAAGCAGAAGAAGGGAACUGCUGAGGUACCAGUUGAGUCAGUGACGGAGAAUAAGAAGGCCAGUGUUUAA